GAGGGGGUGGGGGUGUGAGAACAGAGAGAGUAAAUUACAGAGGGGAAAAAAGGAAAGAGGAAAACAGACGGUUCAUGUGAGGAUUGUGCUGCCAUGUUCAGAUUAAGUCUCCUUCUUCUUCUGCUGCCCUGCUCCUCAUUUUCCACGCUGCUGGGAUGGGUGGAGUCUCCUGGGUAUCCCGUGGGGUAUUUGCCUCAUUCCAGUUUAAACUGGACCAGGUGCGCGCCCAAAGGUCAAACCGUCUCCAUCAGACUGAUCCACCUGGACCUGGAGAACAGUCACGACUGUGAAAAUGAUGCCGUGAAGAUCUCAUCCAAUGGGAACCUGGUAGCUCUUCUGUGUGGGAAAAGAGACUAUGAGGAGCUUCAGGAGUCGGUGAAUCCACUGCUGUUCUCCUCCCCUGGUGGCUGCCUCACUCUUCUGUUUCACUCCGAUUACUCCAACACCAAGAGGCACACUGGCUUCAGAGGGUUUUACACGCUUCAAGACUUUAAUGAGUGUGAGGACGAGGAAAUCAACAAAUGCAGUCACUUUUGCCACAACGUCAUCGGAGGCUACCACUGCUCCUGUCGUCAUGGUUACCAGCUGGACGAGGACAAACACACUUGUAUGGUGAGCUGCGCUGAGGACCUGUCAGGGUUGAAAAGAGGUGACGUAUCCAGCCCCUCCUGGCCUGGAGAGUAUGCAGAAAAUACCAACUGUAAAUACACCCUGUCUGUGGAGGACAACCUUCAGCUGGAGCUGCACUUCUCCGAGGGUUUCGAUGUGGAGCAGAGCCCUGAGGGAGACUGCAUGGAUGAGCUGAGGAUUGAGACUCACUCUGAGACUUUGGGUCCAUUCUGUGGUAACAAACCCCCACCUUCUCCUCUUCUCACUCACUCGAGCCACGUCCAAAUCCACUUCCUCUCUGACGGCUCUGGGACUAACAAGGGCUUCAAUAUCCACUUCAAGACCAGAGAUAAGGUCUGUCGACCUCUGACCUCAAACUCAAACAUGACUCCUCUGAAACAGGAAUAUCAUCGGGGAGAAUCGGUGACCGUAACUUGUGAUCUUGGCUAUGUUGCAGAUUCACGGGCCUCUGACGGUCUAUUGAGACAGUAUGACACGACCUGCCAGAGCAAUGGUGUAUGGGCUCCCAUGUACGCCUGUGAAAUUGUGGAUUGUGGUUGGCCGGACCUUGGACAUGACAGCAUCCUUCAGCUGGUGAAUGCAGAUGGUCAAAACACAAAGUAUGGCAGCCAGAUCCAGUUUUACUGCACUUCAAAUUUCUACACACUGGAAGGAAAUGAUACAAGCACUUGUAACGCCGAUGGCGAGUGGACCGAGAUGCCAAACUGCAACGAAGUGUGUGGAAUGUCAGAAACGUCAAGCACAGGCAGAAUUUUGGGAGGAAAGGCGGCAAUGCUGGGAGAAAUACCGUGGCAGCUUUUCAUAACACGUCCAAUGUUCGGAGGAGCAUCGCUGAUAAACGAUCAGUGGGCCGUCACAGCAGCACACGUUGUGAACGGCGUCCCGAAAGAAUCAAUUGAACUCUACGGUGGACUGGUAGACGCAACAACUACUAGUAGAACUGAUGUAUUUCCCAUUCCAAUUGAAAAAAUCAUAGUGCAUCCCGACUACAGAGGAGCCUUACCACAAACAAAUUAUGAUAAUGAUAUAGCUCUGAUAAAAUUCAGGUCCAAAGUGAAGCUCGGCCCAAAUCUCCUGCCUAUUUGCUUGCCAGAAGUAAACAGAGGUGUGAUGGAGGGAGAACAAGGCACAGUGUCUGGCUGGGGGGCUAUAUUUCAGGAUAAUAAUUGGAGUCGUUCAUCAGACGUCUUACAAUACGUUGACAUUCCCGUUUACUCCCUCACUAAGUGUAGGAACACACCUCACCUUUAUAACAAAGCCAUGCCUUUUACUAACAACAUGUUCUGCGCUGGAGGAAAAGGGGCAGACAGUUGCAAGGGAGACAGUGGCAGUCCUUUUGUUUCACCCAAUUUGUCUUCAGGCAUAGGGCCCCAUUAUCUGAUUGGCAUUGUGUCGUGGGGCACUCCCUGUAAGAGGGGUAGUGCAACAGGUGACAAGACGGGUUAUUACACCAAGGUGGAGAAUUAUGUCAACUGGAUUAAUGAGAUGAAGAAAAACGAAGCAGAGGGCUAAAAAAACAAAAAAAAACAACAACACUCUUCUCAAUCACAAUUAAUAACCAUCUAUCAGGGCUGAUCAAAUUAUUGAUACUAACCAAUUUUUAAAAUUUCUUGAAAUCAAAUAUUCCAACAUUAGCAUGAAAUCAAUAAUAUUUAAGAAGAUGCACCAAAUACAGUGCUUCAUAUCUGUAUUAAAGGAAGUGUUCACAAAUCAUCUACAGACCAUUUUAGAUGCUAACCUGUUUUGUUUAAGUGUGACCUAAUCCAUACUCACAAAUCUAUAUCAAGAGUAUAUUCUCCACAUGGAUAAAUUUAUCACAAUGCUUUGUAAUAUAUGUCAGUUACAUAUUUUAUAAAGUUUGUAAGCUUUGCCAAUAAACAAUUACCUUUAUUUUAA